UGUCACCAUUUGUCCGACUGCAAUCACGUGUACAAAAACAUCCAAUCGAAUUUAACUUGACUAUCUAUAACGAAAGCCCUCACAGCUGAUCAGUCGAGUGCGGAGCAGUUAAAUCUCCAAUAUCAUAAGAGAUAAAGACGUGUGACGAUUAAUAAAUAAUCACAAUCAUGAUAAGUAAAGAUUUAAAGUGUAGGUGUUGAGGAAAUAUAAUUAGCGAGCUCUAGGACGCAGAUGCCAUUAAGCCAUCGGGAAUCGCAGGAACGAGGUUAGCGAACUCUCGCACCGUAGCUCGGAGAAAUCGAUUGGUUUUACAACCGGCGGUCAAACAGACGGAUAGAAGAUGACUCGCUCCCAAAUCUGGUGAAAAUUUGCUUACAAUUUGUCGAAUAUUCAAUCUAUCUCGUCUGAAAUGGUGAAAGAGAAACCAAAUUCGACAAGGACAUACGACGAAGAUGGAUUUCGAAGGAGAGCUGCAUGUUUAUGUGUCCGCAACGACGAUGAAAGUGAGAUUUUAUUAGUAACCAGCAGUAGAACUCCAGAUAGAUGGAUUGUUCCUGGUGGAGGACUAGAACCAAAUGAAGAUUCCAGGGUAGCUGCAACAAGAGAAGUUAUGGAAGAAGCUGGUGUUAGAGGAAAAUUAGGGAGAUGUCUUGGUGUUUUUGAGGUUGGUAAAUUUUUAUUUUUAUUAUCAGUUUUUGUUUUAGUUGUGACUGAGGAAUUAGAAGAAUGGGAAGAUUCCCAAACAAUAGGUCGUAAAAGAAAAUGGUUCACUAUCGAUGAAGCACUUAAUCUAUUAGCCAUUCAUAAACCUGUGCAAACAAAUUAUGUAAAAUUACUUGUUAAAAAUGAUAAAGUACCAUGACAUUAAUUUCUAGUUUGAUAUAGCUAGAAGUGGCAUAUAUUCAAAACACACACACACACACACACACACACACACACACACACACACACACACACACACACACACAC